GGACGGUCGACGUAGCAGUGAGAUGGCGUUUCUGCCAGUCCUACAGACUGUGCCGAUCGUGACACGAGCCUUCACGGUGGUGAUCGUGCUGUUGUCACUCAUCCUGACCGGCUUGCGGUUAUCGCUAGACGACCGUGAUGUCAAGGAUGUCUUCAACGGCGGUAUGGACAGCACGCUCGCCUAUCCCUGGAUCGUCCUCGUUCCCGGUCAGGCCAUCUGGAAGCCAUGGACGCUCUUCAUCUCCAGCUGGGUCGAAGUCAAUCUGUUCGAGAUGAUCUUCUCAGUCCUCACCUUUGUCAUGGCAGGCCGAUACCUAGAGCGAGUUUGGGGCCCGACAGAAUUCCUCAAGUUCAUCGUCGUCGUGACCGUGGCUUCGAAUGUCAUUGCGGUCGCUGUCAACAUCAUCGAGCACAUCCUCUUCCAAGGGACGGGCUUGUUCUUAUACGGCAUGUCAUAUCACGGCUUGAUGGGCCUACAAGCUGGCUUCCUCGUCGCGUUCACCCAAUUGAUACCGGAGCAUCAAGUCCAGCUCUUUGGUGGUCUCGUCAAACGUCGGGUCAAGGACUUGCCAAUGAUCUAUGUCGCCGUCUCCAACGUAGCCUGUAUCAUCGGCUACCAGUCGCCGUGGAUCCUGAUCCAAUUCGGCUGGCUCGUCUCAUGGUUCUAUCUGCGAUUCGUCAAAUGGAACGAGGGCGCAGACUUCCGAGGGGAUCGCUCCGAUACGUUUGCCUUUGCAAACUGGUUCCCGCCUUUUGCCCAGAAAUAUGUCGCCAAACUGUCAGAGUUCGUUUUCAGUCUGGCGAUACGGCUGCGACUCACAGAGCCCUGGGCGCCCAACGACGCAGAAGCAGCCGCAUAUGCUGGCGUACCUGGCGGUUCACGCGCAGAAGCAGAGCGAAGGAGGGCGAUGGCGCUCAAGGCACUCGAUCAGCGCAUGGCGUCCAAGCCGCCAACUCGGCCCGCACCUGCAGCAUCGAGCGAGCCUAACAGUGCAGGCCUGAGUGAGGUCACACAUGCUUCUGCCAUGCCAUCAGCGCUCAGCGCGCCAAAUGAGACGGUCUUUGACGCCUCACAAGCACUGGACAUGAAGAAGGAGAGAGACUAGAGGCGCGACACGCUCUCGUCGCCGGGCACGAUGUGACGAUAAUUGCAGCAUGCAUGUAGUCUGUCUACAUUCGGAUUUGACAUACAACAACGCUUUCCUCUGAAUGACGGAUAAGAUCCAUCUUAGCCAGGUCCGACCUUGGGAAUGUCGUAGUGCUCUGACAGGCUCUCUAGCUUGCUGUUGAAGCUGGCCACACGAUCCUUGUGAGUGACCUGGGCUUGCUUUGCCACCUUGUCCGCGAGCUGAAGGGCAAUGUCAGCGUGUGGGAACGGGCUAAACGGUGUACGGGCACUCACGCGCUUCCUCUGAGUCUCUUCGAACCUCAG